AUGGUUGGACUGGAUCGCGCAGAGGAAUCGCCCGCACGACCCCUCGUGAACGUGGGGUCUUCGACAGGGGUUUGUGGCAAACACAACAAAGCCUGGCUCAAAGGAGGCUGCUCAUCUUCCUUCGCAACUACUUCCAAGUGCUCUAGCUCGCGAUUGAACAGUUUGUCUCCUACACCUCGAGACGGACAACUAACAUCGGUAGCGCCGUAUAGAUUCACAAGCGGGCUCCAGCUUGCGCUCAACGUCAACCAUGGAAACACCGAAGUGGCGAAGGACGUCGCUUUCUACGCUGACCAACUGAACGACGUCGGAGACGCCAUACUGGCGCUAGCUAAGAAUAUCUCGGAAAGCGUGGAGCUAAUAGCCAAAUCACUCUCCACAGAGAAGUCGGAGGAUGCAGCCAAGGAUCUAACCAGGGUAUCUUUCCUUCGCCUUGCGUUCCCUUCUGGACUGGCUAAGUGGAUAUUUACAGCUGCCCAGCGUUCAGCUCUCGAAGUCUUCGGGACCUCCUUGCUCAAGAUUGCAGCGAACUCGCCGCCCGUGAAGGAGGGAGGUCGAACACAAAAAGAGAGGCAAAAGCUCUCUCCGGCUGCACACGCGAUCGCAGAUGGGUUCGAGAGGCUCCUUGGUGGCCAGAAGGAGAAUUCUCGGAUGUCAUAUGGAAGGAUCCCGCCUCAUCAUCGGGGAUAA